AAAAAACUCUGUUCGAUGUUCGAAUUUUGAGAGAUCGAACGUUAACAUAUUUUAAUACUGUAAGAAGUACUUUUUACAAGCGAGGAUGUUUCCUAAGAAAGUGUUUUUCUUUAUUUUUGCUUCCUUGUUAUAUUUAUCAAUUGAUAAUUCUAAUAACAGAGAAGAACCAAAUGAUACAUACACAGGAAUUAAACAGAUCCAUAAAAUGGCUAUGGGAGGAAGUGGAAAAGAUGAUGGUUAUUUAUCUGGAGAAGAUUAUAAAACAGAAGAAUGUGAAGAAGAAAACAUUUUUUUGGGUAUUUUCGAACAUAGCAAACUCAUUUUAAAAUGUAUUAUAAUGGGGCUUUGGCGACUAAUUUUUCCAAUCUUUGUUUUUAUUGGAAACUUGUUGAAAAGUAUCGUUUGUCUCGUGGCCAAUUUUAUCGAUUUUAUUUUUAAGUUAAUAUGUAAUACAUUGAAUUGUAUAGUGAAUUUCAUCAAGUGGACUCUUCGUCGUCUUUAUUAUUUUUUCACGUAUCCUUUCAAGAAACUGAAGUGCUGGAUUUGCGGAUGCCCCUUUUCUUUGGACCAACAAGAAUUACAAAUUCCAACACCAUCCGAGAAUUACCUUACUCAUCUCAAAGACAAUGUCGUGACAAUCCGAAUUUAUUGCCAGGAAAAAAAAGAAAAAGAAUGUAAGAAGAAAGUAAAAUCUCCGUGUGAAUGCAAUCCCAAAGAAACAAUUAUGAUGCUUAAUAGAUUUUUUCAAAAAAUAUCAAAAUAUGUUGACGAUACUAUAAAGCGAAUAGGUUUACUUUUGGCCGUGAGAAAUGUCUAUUAAAAGGCAUGCUAAAUUGAAAAAAAACCUAUAAAAACUAUAAAAACAUUAACAGAAAAACUCAAAUAUAAAAUUGAUAUCCUCAAGAUUGAAAAAUUUCAAAAUUUG